CGGGUCUCAAAGUCAAUUGCCAAGUAAUUGGGUUGCAUCGUAGCUAUAUGAUAUAUGGAACAAACUGCCCUUGGCGACUGGGGCCGAUCCUGAACAGAUUACGGAUCAUACUAGUACUACUCCAGCACUUCCACAUUGUGGUAUCAACUGAGAUGUAGGCUAUUGAGCUAUAUAUUCUUCAGCAAUCGCAAAAACAAUUCGAUAUGCAGAUCUGUUAAAGGACAAGGAGUGGUCUCUCUGUUACCUAGGUACUGUGUAUGUAUAUAAUCACGUGCACACCUCCCCAGGUACUCCGUACUGCGACUAAGCUCUCUGUGAUCUCUACCUACAGAUACAACCACGACAUCUCUCGAAUACCGCGCCGAUGGCUGACGCUGGUUUCGCGUCUUCAGACCAACCGUCGGUCUUCAAUUAUGUCCUCUCUUUCCUCCUCGUAGGAAUGGCCUGGGGUGGGACAACCCCUUUUAUACGCCGGGCCGCUAAGGACUUUCAAGCUCGACAGGAGGCGCACCAGGAUCAAGCGCAAGCGACCGAGCUGCGAAAUACACAGUCUACAGAUAACGAGCGCAGCAGCGAUGACAGCGAAAGCGACGAAGACCAGCCGCUACCCUCCCCCUCGAACUUCGCGGAACCGACCGCAAGGGACACCACAACCCCCCAGCCGGCCUGGAUGAACCGCUCGGCCUCGUCUUCCUCCUGGUUGAAAACAAAAAUAAUUACCAUAUUCUGGACCGUGGUUAAUCUCCUUCAAACGCCGGCGUACUCGAUUCCGCUGGUGAUCAAUCUGACUGGGAGUAUUUGGUUCUUUUUGCUGGUUGGGAAGCAUGAACUCUCGUUAACGGUUCCCCUGGCGAAUUCGAGCGCUUUUCUGUUCACGGUUCUAGGCGAGUGGUAUGUGGAGAAGAAGGUGAUUGAGAAGGAGACAUGGCUAGGGAUGGCGUUGGUGCUGGGGGGUAUAGGUAUUUGCGUACAGUCGAAGACAUAGUGAAGUCAGUUGUAUCCGUAGACUUUAAGUUCAGACCCGUUGGAUCCCGUGUUCUCGAUGAUAUGGUUUGCAAAUAUGGUGAUUUACAGAC